AUGAAAAUACACGAUAAUAAGGUUAUAUUAGUUGUGUUUUUAGAUUUACAAAGAGCGUUUGAAACUGUUAAUAGAAACAUCUUACUAGAAAAACUGAAAAAAUAUGGAAUACGAAACAUGGAACUUAAAUGGUUUGAGUCAUAUUUGAGCAACAGAACUCAAAAAACAAAAGUUAAUAAUUCAACUUCUGAUUCUUUGGGUGCUUCUAUUGGUGUACCACAAGGCAGUGUUCUUGGCGUUCUCUUGUUUUUGAUAUAUGUUAAUGAUAUGGCAAAGGUAGUUCAGCGAUCUAAACUGGUAUUAUUUGCAGAUGAUGCUUUGUUAUAUGUGUGUUGUGAUGCUGUUGAGGAGUGUGUUAAUAUUGUUAACGACGAUUUAAAUAAUCUAUGUUGCUGGUCCAAAAUGAAUAAACUUAAAUUAAAUAUCAAUAAAACUAAGUUUAUGCUGUUCAACAGUAAUUAUAAUGUCGACAUUUUGAUUGAUAGCAGUAAAAUUGAAAUAGCAAUUGGACGAUCUUUACCUAUUUCGCCUUGUGAUAGGACAGCUCCUAUAGCCUGGUUCGAUACAUCUGUAGUGAGUAUGAAUGGUUUUUCAAAAUCUGGAAAUGCUAGUAUUUCCGAUGAAGAUUUUAACCUUCUUUGA